CUUCUGCUACUGCAGCAAGUGCAGGUGUUUAGCUUUUAGCAGGCUAACACACUUCUAAACGUGUUUUAGUUGUUUGUCGUUGGGAAGGGGAAAGAUGAAAACGCUGGGAAUGUGCGGAGGAAGAAGCCGACACGUCCAGGGGAAUGAUUUUCACCGGCAUCUCCUCUGAAGAAAAGGAUAAGCUAACGUGAAGAAACCCGGAAGUGUUGCUGAAGCUCCUAGAAGCCACGGACACAAUGAGUGCUAAAUAUGGCCUGGUGAGCUACAACAGCUCACGGAAGCACAUUUCAAUCUCCAUGCCGUCGUCCACGGAGGUGAUGUCGCCACACAUAAAGUCUGUGGAGGAGCUGAGGGUCCUGGGAAUCAACCUGAGCAGCUUCAGUCCCGCCACGCAGUUCUUGAUCUGUGUGGCUGGAGUCUUUGUCUUUUACCUCAUUUAUGGAUACCUGCAGGAGUUGAUAUUUUCUGUGGAAGGAUUCAAGCCUUUUGGUUGGUACCUCACUCUGGUCCAGUUUGGCUUCUACUCCAUGUUUGGUCUUGUGGAGCUUCAGCUCACACAGGACAAACGCAGAAGGAUACCAGGGAAGACUUAUAUGAUGAUAGCAUUUCUAACAGUGGGCACUAUGGGCCUGUCCAAUACCUCUCUGGGCUACUUGAACUACCCAACACAGGUUAUCUUCAAGUGCUGUAAACUCAUCCCAGUCAUGAUCGGAGGAGUGUUUAUACAAGGUAAACGCUAUAAUCUGGCUGAUGUGUCUGCUGCUGUCUGCAUGAGUCUGGGACUCAUCUGGUUUACGCUAGCAGACAGCAAAGUGGCUCCCAACUUCAACGUCACAGGUGUUCUCCUCAUCUCCUUGGCGCUGUGCGCAGACGCUGCCAUCGGAAACGUGCAGGAGAAAGCCAUGAAACUCCAUAAUGGCUCCAACUCUGAAAUGGUGCUGUACUCGUACUCCAUCGGUUUUAUCUACAUACUGACCGGCCUGCUCUGUGUGGGAGGGCUGGGACCAGCAGUGGCAUUCUGCUCAGAGCAUCCUUUGAAGACAUACGGUUAUGCCUUCUUGUUCUCUCUUACGGGUUAUUUUGGCAUCUCCUUCGUGCUGGCCUUGAUCAAACUCUUUGGUGCCCUGGUUGCUGUAACAGUGACCACCGGGAGAAAGGCCAUCUCUAUUGUACUUUCCUUCAUGUUCUUCGCAAAACCUUUCACUUUUCAGUACAUCUGGGGCGGCCUUCUCGUGCUCUUCGGCAUCUUCUUGAAUGUUUACAGUAAAAACAAAGACAAAAUGAAGCUUCCCUCCAUCAAAGACCUCAGGAGCUGGCUGCUGACAGGAAAGAAAGUCCGAUUCCUCUCACAAAACGUAUAGGAGGCACCCACGGGCGUAGUGGAAGUCCUGCACUGGCAGACUGUUUGUUUUUUCAGAUGUAGAGUCGGCCAACCUGUCUCUGGCUGCUGAAGCACGUGCCCGAGCUAUGAGCCUCAUCACCACCUACACUGAGCCAAGGAUAGGUGACACACCAUUAAACUAGGAUGGGUGAUGAGGCACUGUAUCCCGUCUCUAUCUACCAGUAAAGCACUGGUGUAGAACUGCCUGAAAUCAUUCAAACUCUCUGCAACAAACAGAAGGAAGUAUAACUGUUUUUUACCAGGGGAUCAAUGCUAGUGGGCUCCGUCAAAGCGAUGAUUUAGAGCCUCACAGAAACAUUCCCAACAUGGAGGACAACACUGAAGACUUUUCUAAAGGGAAGCCAGCGCCUUAGCUAACCAAAUCGCACAGUUUUGCACUGGAAAUGACUUGUACACUUAAACCCUUGAGAGGUGGAAAAAACUGAAGGAGAGAGUGCAGAUCGACAUGUCUGAAAUGAAUGUUUACCACCCUAAAAGAAAAGAAAACAUAUUAAUAUAAAGGCAGAUUUGCCUCCGCAUGUGCCAGUAAGACAGACGUAAACUUUGUUUUACAUAAUCAUUGUCUUCAUGGAAGUGGCUUUUUUCAUAGUUUGUUGGUAAUUUAUAUCUGACUGACCCCAAUUCAUGAAAAAGUGGGAAAUAUCCUCCUCCUGUGUACAUCAAUGCAUCAAAAAUGUCUACUGCCAUAAUUUGCUAACCAUGUGUUUGGUUGAAAGGGUACCACUCUUUUUACAUUAAAGCAAACAGACGUUUCUCCUAAA